GGUGCGCCGUCCAGACCAGAUUCAAGGGCCUUCGCGGCACGGAGUCGUCUCUCGUGUUGCCUUGGACGAGGCGGGCCGGAUGAAGUUCUGGAUCAACAAGCUGGAGACAACGUCGGUGGCCGGGAACGGCGCCGCUCCUGCGCAGGUCGAGCGCCGUCGUCUCUGCUACCUUAUGAAGUGGCGACCCGAGCUCGACUUCCUGUCCAAGAACCAAUUAUUGGAGUUCUGUCGAUCUCGACAACCAACGGUGGAAGAGCCGGUCGCCUUCUAUGA